AUGAACAAUCUCCCUGAUGAAAUCGUUCACAUCACUCAGGGCUUCGUUCCGCUCUCCCUCCUUCUAACACGACUCGCUCAGUCUACACACAACAUGUUACAAGACAAGAUCGCCGAGCUGGCCAAACUGCCACUUCCUGCUGCUGCCACGAAUGGGACCACAAACUACACUCAGAGCGCUCCGGAUGAUACUUCAGGCGAAAACCUUCGAAAGAAGGCGAUGUUACUACACUUCACCCAGGAUAUGCAUGCAAAAUGGGUCAAAGCACUUGUUAUUGUGGAAUGGAGCAGGAAGGCUUCCAUGGUCAGCAAACUUAUCGAUCUCAAAUUCCAUCUCGAUCAACAACGAAUCCUUUACGAUACGGCCCUGGAUAGCAUUAUCAAUGUGAGGCGGGACUUGACGUAUGCCCGAAUGCCAAGCCCUGAUCUGAAGACGGCGCUACAAGUUCUUUCCACUGGAACAGCGCCAUGGAUGCCAGACCUUCAAUACAUUGAGCCUCCCCCUUUGACAACAGAGGAGCAGCUGAGGGGCAUUGGUGAUCUGGAUACGUUGCUAUCUCUGCGGCUAAACCUUGAUGAUUUUGACAAAAUUCCGCAUCAGUUCCGAAACUACACGAUUGGAUCAGGCCGGGUCACUUUCAAAGUUGCUGGAGAAUUUGAAGUGGAUUUGACGAUUGCGGACGAAGAUUUCGAGAAGCAGUUUUGGUUCAUCGACUUCAGAUUUGCCUUUCGACCGGCGGCACUAUCACUCCCCGAAUCGUUACGAACACCACUCGAAAACUGCGUAAAUGAGGCACUGGCAAAGGAUGGAUUAACCGGUUGCUAUCAAUUUUUGCACGAAUACGUCUUAACAACCAAGAUUAAUGAGCUGAAGCGCCAAGCAUUGCAGCUGAGCCGGACAUCAUGGACUGGCACGUUGGCAGUGGAACCUCUAAACAGAGCCCUGUCCAUCCAGUACUGGACGUCUCGUUCACCCGCUACUGGUCUGAAAAAUUGGAUCAUCGUAGCGGUAAACAGCGGACGCAAGCAUGGAGGCAGAACAGAUCCAAAGGCAUCGAGUUUCUUGGCAGCAAAGUGGUAUCGCGAUGGUAAAGAAGUCAAAGACGUUGAGAUUAAGGUGAAUACCGAGAAUCUAUCGGCGGAAUCAUUAUUAAAAGACGUCGUUGGACGGCACAUCAAGCACAUCCUGUCAAAUAUUCACUCUGGGCUACUGGCAGCGCCAAGAUUCAAGAAUCGCGAAACCGGCGUGAUACUAAACAUAUCAAAAACCGAUCCGGUGGCAUCCUGCCUAAAUCUGCAAGUAGGGUACGAUGGCACAGUGUCACUCUUAAUCGAGCCAACGAGCGGUGCCUUUGCCAUGAAGCCACAUUCAAAAUUUUCCAUUCAGCCGGAGCUUCAGCUGAACAAUGGCAAAAACCCAACGGAAGACGGAGUCAACUUCUUGGAACACCUGCGAUGCGCAAUUAUAGAAGAUGAAUUGGGUAGAAUGGGAACUGCUAGGGGCUGGUCUGUCCGGAAAGCACCCGUAAACGUUGAUGAGUUGAGGUCGAUUACCAAGAUGCGGAGAUGGAGCCGUACAUUAUGGCUACAACAUGGAGGAUGGGGUUCAACCUGGUUUGUUGGAGUGAUUCUCAGCCUGGAGGGCGACGAAUGGUGGUUGCUCGAGACGGAUUCUACUCAAACGAAUGGUGUCUCCAAAUUCCACACCAAGCUUCCACUUAACAAGGGGACACCUCACAUGUCAGGCAGUUUUUGGGAUAACCUGAAUCUAUUUGCAGGUGGCAUGAUCACUCAAUCAGUCGAUAUGAGAGAGCUACAUCGGCGUAGGGUUAAGUGCCAAUCGAACGGAAGCAUCGAUUUAUCUCUACCUCAACAAGUCAGAAUGCCAUCCAUCGAAGUGGCGCUAUCGGCCAUAUUCCCAACAGUCACGCAAGAAGACGCGGACGAAGUAAAAUCACAGCACCACAGCGCUUUUGGAUUGAACGAAGAUCCGCAGGUACUCGCGUUAUUACGGUUGAAGGCGGGAAUCUCUCCCUCGGCUAGGGAACCGUGGGCGGAAAAUAUGGUUGCAAUCAACUUCAAGGGUGUUCACUCAGAGUCCAGACGUGAAGAGACAAGCGAAGGAAGCUACACAACAACCCAUGAGCUGGUCUGCACCUCAGACGUAGUGAUCAGAGUGCGACGACCAACAAGAUUCUUGGACCUGAAGGGCGUGGUGGAUCGGAAUGUUUCCUACAAUCCUCAGAGGGGCGAAUUCAUCUUACAAGUCCAGCGUCGCGUCACUGAGCCGGUCUUUGACAUCCUCAAGUCGCGGAUCAAGGCAAUUGACAGAUUUGUCAACUUUCUCGAAGCUAUGGAGAACGCUAAGGGCUCAAUCAUUAGCGAAUCGAUCACGUUGAAAGGAGUUGUGUUUUGCUAUAGCUCGCCGCUACCCGCGCCGCCGGAUGGGGAAGCUGCCGCUCCUCCUCCAGCUCGCGAACUAUGGAGAGUGAAGAUGGAUCUAUCCAGCGAAGACAUCGAUAUUCACAUGGAGAAGGAUAAUCCCCAUGUCCGGGUUAUCGAUCUCGCAAGGAAUUUGGCCAGCACCGAAGGUGGCAUCGGCUUACUGAUGGCCUGGCUUCCCAUGUCAUUACACGCCAUGAAGGCUCUUGUCCAGCUGGACGCCCAGUGGACUGAGCUGUUUAAAAAGGGACAGGGCCAGCUGGAUUUUAGCAUGAAAUCCAUGACGUGGAUCAAUCUCAAGUAUAAGGACCUUGCGACAGGUCAACCGGGAGACAAGACCAAGAGGAGCAUUUCCAUAGAUGUCAAAAUGAAGGCCCGCCGUGGUGAAGGGUGGUGGCACGCUUGGCGGUCCACCACCAACGCAGCACCUGAUGAUCUUGACCAGGCUUUGAAAGCUGUGUGGGAAGGCAAAGGGAACAACUGGCUUGGUCUUACCAGUGGUGCAGCAGCCCAGUCUAAUGAGGCUGUCAUGGAUAUGCUGCUUGCGAUUGAUGCUGCGAUUCGAGGAGUUGUACAUGCAUCACCAUCAAUACCACCUGGCGGCGUGAAAGCGGAGGUGAUAACAUUAGACUAA